GUCACGCCCGUUUAUUUUAGCGAUAGUGUUGCAAUCUUGUGACAUUUCAUGUUUACUACAGCGAAGAGAACAGACGAGUGAAAAUAUGGAGAAAAUACAUGUAGACAUUUGACGAGCGAGAUCCAGAGAGACCGAAACUAGCUGAAAAAUGAAGCGACAACACAUCGCGGUACACUUGUCACUGACAAAUACGCGGAAUCUGUUGGUUUUCGACGAAGAAUAUCAGAAUACGUGAGGAUAUUUUGAGUUUUUCGCCAUAAUCCGAAGUAGAGGGAAGAUGGCUACGAGUCUAGGCUUUGCUGACCGUUGGGACCGGACGGCGAUGGAGAGAUUUGGCAGCGGGGGCAUGGCGCUUUUGCCGUGGACUAAACAGAUACUGACCGUCCUGUGGGAGCAGCUCCGGCUGUUGGUCCAUGUCAUUUACUACAGCUUCAUGUCAGUUUUCCAGAUGUUCAGGUUUGAGGUUCACCUGCGAAUCACAGACGAGACAGGUCAGCACGUCCAGCACAUGAGCACAGCAGCAAACCCCACUGAAUCCUUCCUGUUUUCCUCACUGUUUGACGGAGACAACAGAGUCAUGGUUGGCGGUUCUAAUCCUCUCUCUAAUUUCUGCGCGGACGUGGUGGACACCUUCCCCGGGACAUCCACUGCUGAGGCCCUGCUGUCCAGUCUGCGCGCUGACAACCUGUGCUGCGGGCUAGUGGACGACUUCGUCUCCAGAACAGCCAACAAAGAAGACGGUAUCUUCCUCGGACACCAUCCCAGCUGGAAUAUGGGCUUCCCCGGCGACUGGAACAUCUUCGUAUCGAGCGGCGACAGCACUGGUACAGACAGCACCUGUCACAAAACCACAGAGAAAAUCUUCAAAAAGGACAUUUCAGAAGAGGACAGAGGCUGUCACUGGAGUAGUGAAGAAGACCAGAACCUAGGAGAAUUUGACAGCGAGGAAAGUAAAGCACUUUGGGAGUCCCUGUCCAAAUCUAGUGAUCCUUACAACCCCUUCUUUUUCUCGGCCUGUAUUUCAACAAACACAAACAUGGGGAAAAGUAAAAGUGAAGUGAGCCACGGCAGUGAUACUGACUGUAUCUCUGCAGGCAAACCUGGCGAGGAGCUCCUGGGGCCCCGUGGCCUGAAUUUCUGGGUCAGUCGGUCGGACAGUGAGAGCAGUUGGGGCAGUUCGGACGGGUCGUGCACCGACCUGGACAAGGAGGAGAGCGAGAGGCUGUGGGAGUUCUUCAGCAGUCCCGUAGACCCCUACAACCCCAUGUGUUUCACGGCUUGCACCGUCAGCAGCACAGCUCCUCAAAUAAGCAAAACAACAUCCUCUCACUCCCAGCAGCCCCAACACGCUUCACUUCCUGCACCUUGCUCCAAGUCAGACAGUGAGGAGAGGGAGAGCAGCUUUACUCCUUCCUCAUCAGAGGAUGAUGAAGAGGAGCAGCUGUGGAAGUCCCUCUGCCAAAACGAUGACCCCUACCACCCUCUCAACUUUAAAGCCUGCCUUCAGAGUUCACCAACAACCACCACACUCCAGUUAGAUACCCCUCGUCCCUGCCCUGCUCAAAGUCCACCCGUCCUGGAAAAGAAACAAAACAGUGAGGCUGUAAACCCCCCAGUACCCAGAGCCCACAAGCCCAUCCUGCCAGAGAGACAGUUUAAGUGUCACUCCCACCCAGACACAACAAAGGUGCCCUGGAAAAGACCAGGACAAAUGUCCGGCUCACCCCCGCCCCAGAGGGGGGAGAGCCAGGCCAGCAGCACCCAGAAAAAGGUGCGGUUCUCUCCUCUUGUCCAAGUCCACGUGAUGCGAACCUGGCCGUUUGCUCGACAGGCGUCCCGCAAAGGACACUGGGAAGAAAUGGCACGAGACCGGGACCGCUUCCGAAGGCGGAUCCAGGAAACAGAGCAAGCUAUUGGCCACUGCUUCAGCCAAUCUCACAGAGAGAGGAUUCAUGCUUACCUGGACAGCACUUCGAAAUAAAUCCCAACCUCCAUUUCAUGAACACUGAAUAUGUUUGAUUUCCUUUUUGGAUGAGAUCUUGUGAUUGGUUGCAAUGCAACAGUGAAUUUGAUUUUGGCCGAUUAGAAAAAUUCGGUUUUAGGCCGAUUUUAAUGUUCUGUGUCAAGUUGAACAACCUUGUACCUCAAAGGCUCAUACGGUCUGCAGCUGUUGCACUGACUAUGACACUUUCUCAUUAACCUCAGCAUUAAUGUAUAGAAUGUUGUUUUUGUAUGCCUUACAUACUGACCUAGUAAUGUAACUUACUCAUGCCCUGCUGAGCUUGUGCUUUGUUUUUUACUGCUGGCUUUAACUGUUUGUACGUGUUUUAUAUAUGAACUAAACCACAGUAGUGAAUCUAGAAGUUAAAAGUGUUGAUUUUAUGUAAUGAUGUCAUCAUGAGAAAGCAGGGUAAAAGUGUUUAGAAUUGUCUUCUUUUCGUUGUAAAGCUUGAGUGAAAAUCCUGUCUUUGUUUGAAACAUUUUAACUGUUUUUGUUUUGUUUUUUGACUUUUAUUAACUUAUGUUAAUGGUACAUAAAUAGCAGUAUGUUUGCACUGAGUUUUAAGUUGUGUUUCCUAUUUAUUAUCUUGACUGGAACAAUUCAAAACACUUUGUCCUUGUUAGACUGGCCCAGCCUUUCUUGUAACCUGUAGCUGCAACUGCCUGUAUAAUGAUCCGUAGCAAAAUUGUCAUUAGGUGCUAUGUUAAUCAAUAAAAAAAAAUGUUUUUAGCCUACA